AUGGUGAAGGCAAGCGAACACAUGCUCUUCAAGUGCACUUCUGCUAUGAAUAAACGAUCAGCAAAUGAAUCUAUUGAGAGCUACCUCAGACGCAUGACACAUCUCUAUCUAGAUAACAAAGAAAUUGAUGAUAUGGUGCGAUACCCAGCGGUUGCAUAGUUUACAUUGACUAUUAAAGGGUGAUGUUCUGAAACUGUGCCCCGAACUACAAGUCCUUUACCUUUAUGACAACAAAAUGAACCACAUACCUAUCUUUCCCAACAACACUAACUUGACACAUAUUUAUCUGCAGAACAACGAAAUUAGGCGAAUCUCGCACCUGCAGGACCUUAAGAACCUGCAGAAACUGUAAUAAGGCGCUCUGUAUUAAACUAUAUCAGUUUUCUUUCAGGGAAUAAAAUUUUAGUUCUUGAGGGUCUGGACAGCCUCGAAAAGUUAACCGAACUCAAGAUGGAUUCUCAGCGUCUUCCGCCUGGCGAAAGUCUUAUUGUCGAUGACCAGAGCCUGAAAGCGUGUAGUGUAACCGCAUUUCCUACUCUUAUUUUGCCUUUAUAAAGAAAUCUUUGAAAUUUCUAGACCUCUCUAGAACAAAGCUGUCCACCCUAAAUGGUCUUGAUUGUCUGGAGGGAUUGGAAUAUCUGUCCCUUUCUCAAAACGAAAUAUCGCAGCCCAAUGAAUUACUUCCAGUCCUAUCCGUCUUACGAAACUUGAAAAAACUUGACCUAGCCGGGAAUCCUGUUCUAAGUGUUCCAAGAAUACGCGAAGCAAUAAUUUUCCACGCCAAGAGCCUCGGUAAGUAUCUAAGCCCAUAAUCGGGACACCUCGUCAUCACUGUGCGCAAUAACGUCGAAAAUGUCAUAUCUGAGUAUUAAACUUUUCAGAAAAAGCGAUCGACAUCAGACCUCCUUGAUCUUUCAUCUUCACUGUAUUCUUGAAAUCCAACCAGGGUCCUUAAAUUAUUGGUCAUCCCCGUCAAACCAACCAAUGCUAGCGGACUGACACAAAUUCUUCCCAAUAUGUAUAACUUCAGUAUAUGACUUGCCGAACUGCCCGCAUAAUUCAAUAGUGUUCCUUUUAACUGAAUAGGACUUCAUUUAUUAUUGUAGAAUUUUUGGAUGGGAAGCCGAUAUCGACACCAGGAAGGCAAUUUAUCGAGAACUGGUGCGCUCACAAAAUCGCUCAUGGAGAGAAUCUAAGUAAGUUAAAACAAUGUACGCCCCUAAGAACGACACAUCUGCGUGUAGAUAAACUAUAGUGACUGGUCGCAAUAAAGCAGACAUUCGAGCAAGAAUAAGAAAUUCAGGGCUGAUUAUACAUCCUGCACCGAAGGCGCAGUGCGAGAUAGGCAAAACUACAGGAUAGCGGAAUACACGGAAUGUCACACAGGGGACCCCAGUUAGGGAAUGAACGAUUAUAAACCUCUCUAGCACCAGGUACUCGAACACAGACCAUUGGCCUCCCGCCGCAAUACCUGCAUCCUAACAUGCGAGAACUAAGCUGACCUUCCAGCAGGAACAGACUUAAUUAUUCAGGGCUCGGUGAACUGGAAUUACAAUAAAGAUGACUACGCAGCUACUGCAAAGCAUGGGACUGAAGAGGCUAACCAAAAGACGUCAUUGCCCAUGUCUCAUCUUCCAUAAAAUUAUUUGGAAAAGGUGUAGUCGCAUACCCGGCCAUAAAGUUGCCCAUGCGCCGUCCGAGGGUCAACAGGCCUUAAGAAAGUAGUAGCAGUCAAAUUAUUGGAAGUGCGCAGCUUAAUUACUAUUCCAUCUUCGCGGCGCCAGACAUCCUGUGAGACACACCUCCUAUAGCCGAUAGUUGUAGCUAAAGUCCUACAUAUAAACUUUAAACUGGCCUUAUUCAACACUAAGGCGCUUCUUUCUCUACUCAGGUAUACUGAAGCCGAACGGCACGACCGUCAGUUGA